CUACUGUACCUUCUAUAAAUAUGGCCAUCCCAUUCGCACAGAGUGAGAGAGUAAUAGAGUGAGAGAGAGAGAGAAAGGUGAUGGAUCCAACGGUGAAGAAGCAGUCAUCUUCCUCUGAUGGAACGAUCAGAGCCGUAAGAGCAGCCAUUAGACUGCUUGCCUUGAUGAUCUUCCUGGGUAUUCUUGUGUUGUUCGUGAUGAUGCCCACUAAUACUUACAAGAAAAAAUGGUUCGUUCAAGUCGUGGCAACAACUGAUUCCACGUAUUUUGGACGACAAGGUGCCACCAUCCUGAUUUAUACAUUUCCAGUACUAUUUUCUGCUGUCCUGGGCUGUGCGUAUCUCCAUUUGGGAAAGAAACUGAAUAAUAAUAAAUCUAAAAGCAGCCCAAAAGAUCGGCUGGCCGUAUUGAAGCGGCCUGUCCUCGUGAAAGGCCCUCUGGGGAUUGUUUCAAUGAUAGAGAUGCUCUUCUUAGUGAUGUUCAUUGCACUACUUGUUUGGUCGAUUUAUACUUAUCUCCGCACUGGGUUUCAAGGUAUCGAAGAUAAAGCAGCCAAGAAAGGAGAGAAACUGUGGGUGUCCAAGCUGGGUGCUGCAGCUCUGAGGCUAGCGCUUACUGGGAACAUAGCCCUUGCAUUUCUGUUCUUUCCGGUGGCUCGUGGGUCGUCGAUAUUGCCACUUAUUGGCCUCACUUCAGAGGCUAGUAUCAAGUAUCAUAUAUGGCUAGGGCACACUUGUUUGACCCUCUUCACUACACAUGGUGUCUGCUUCAUCAUUAGGUGGAUUGCCAAGGACAGUAUCUGGAAGCAGAUCCGAGAAUGGGAUAGAACCGGUGUAUCAAUUCUUGCCGGAGAGAUAUCUCUGGUAGGUGGAUUAGUCAUGUGGGUGACUACCUUCCCUAGAAUAAGGAGAAAGAAGUUUGAGCUCUUCUUUUACACACAUUACCUUUAUAUAAUCUUCAUGUUGUUCUUCAUCCUCCAUGUUGGUAUCACCUACGCCUUCAUUUCUCUCCCUAGUUUCUACCUUUUCCUGGUCGAUCGCUACUUGAGAUUUCUACAAUCUCAAAGAAAAGUUCGCUUAAUUUCUGCCCGCGUUUUGCCAUGUGAAACUGUUGAGCUCAAUUUCUCAAAGACCCCAGGUCUGCAAUAUUCGCCAAUGAGCAUCUUGUUCGUAAAUUUACCUAGCGUUUCCAAGCUGCAGUGGCACCCUUUUACAGUCACUUCUAAUAGUAAUUUAGAGCAAGAUAAGCUCAGUGUGACGAUUAAAGGUGAUGGAAGCUGGUCAAAGAAGCUAUACCAGAUGCUUUCAUCGUCUUCAUCAGUUGAUCAUCUUGAAGCAUCCAUUGAAGGACCUUAUGGACCUGUUUCAACUAAUUUUCUAGGGCAUGAUACGCUUGUGAUGGUGAGUGGAGGCAGUGGGAUUACUCCCUUCAUCUCUGUUAUUCGAGAGCUAAUCUUCAGUAGUUCUGUUCUGAAAAUCAAAACCCCGAAAAUUCUCCUUAUUUCCUCAUUCAAGAGCUCUUCAGACCUCACAAUGUUAGAUCUUAUCCUUCCGAUUUCGGGUGGCCCUUUAGACCUAUCCGGCUUGCGGCUACAAGUCGAGGCCUAUGUGACAAGAGAGAAAGAACCUGCUACAGAGAAUGUUAAGCCCCUUCAAGCUCUAUGGUUCAAGCCGAAGGCGACAGACGCACCAGCAUCAGCAAUUCUAGGCCCAAACAGCUGGCUAUGGCUUGGCGCGGUAAUAUCAUCGUCUUUCGUCAUCUUCCUUGUCUUAAUGGGACUUCUUACUCGAUACUACAUCUACCCUAUUGAUCACAACACCGGCCUAGACUACCCGACCUCGGCUCAAGCUGCUUUCAACAUCUUAUUGAUGUGCGUCAGCAUAGCCAUAACAGCAAGUGGAGCUGUCCUCUGGAACAAGAAACAAAAUACCAUGGAAGCAAGGCAAGUUCAGAAUAUGGAAGGGUCUUCAGCCUAUGGGUCGCCAGCAUCAUUCUAUAAUUCUGAUAAAGAGCUGGAAAGCCUCCCUCGCCAGUCUCUUAUCCAAUCCACCAAGGUGCACUAUGGUGAAAGACCCGAUUUAAAGAGAAUUUUGUUUGAUUGCAAAGGAAAAAAAGUUGGAGUUCUUGCAAGCGGGCCUAAGAAGAUGAGGCAUGAGGUUGCAACCAUAUGUUCUUCGGGUUUGGCAGACAAUCUCCAUUUUGAAUCCAUAAGCUUCAGCUGGAAAAAGAAAGAUUGCAAAGGACUUGGAAUGGGACCGAGAAGAAGACUACAACAGAUGGAGUUCAGCUCUACCAAGGGUACAAGGAUGCAAGUAUGCAACAGAGCUGAGAAGAAGACUGCAACAGAUGAAGCUCGACUCGAUGAAGGGUGCAGGGCUGUAGCAGAACUCGAAAAAAGACUGCAACAGAUGGAAGUCAGUGAAGGGUGUAGCAGGUCGAUCUUUAUGUGUGGUAGCAACAGAUGGAGGUCGGUGACGGGUGCAACAGCGAGAGAGAGAGAGGUGAUGUAUCCAACGGUGAAGCAGCAGUCAUCUUCCUCUGAUGGAGCGAUCAGAGCCGUACGAGCAGCCAUGAGACCGCUUCUCUUGGUGAUCUUCCUGGGUUGUCUUGUGUUGUGGGUGAUGAUGCCCACUAAUACUUACAGGGGAAAAUGGCUCCUUCAACUCCGAGCAAAAACUGAUUCCACGUAUUUUGGACAACAAGGUACCACCAUGCUGAUUUAUACAUUUCCAGUACUAUUUGCGGCUGUCCUGGGCUGUGUAUAUCUCCAUUUGGGAAAGAAACUAAACGAUAAUAAGUCUAUAAGCAGCCCUAAAGAAGAUCGAUUGACCGUAUGGAAGAAGCCUGCCCUUGUGAAAGGCCCUCUAGGGAUCGUCUCAAUGACAGAGCUGCUCUUCUUUGUGAUGUUCAUUGCACUUCUCGUUUGGUCGUUUUGGGAGUAUCUCCACAACGGUUUUCAAGGUAUCGAAGCUACAGCAGCCAAGAAAGGGGAGAAACUGUGGGUGUCAAAGCUGGGCGCUGCAGCUCUGAGGCUAGGGCUAACUGGGAACAUAGUCCUUGCAUUUCUCUUCUUUCCGGUGGCUCGUGGGUCGUCGAUAUUGCCACUCUUUGGCCUCACUUCAGAGGGUAGCAUCAAGUAUCAUAUAUGGCUAGGGCACAUUUGCUUGGCCCUCUUCACUUCACAUGGUGUCUGUUACAUCAUUAGGUGGAUUGCCAAACACAAUCUGCUAAACCAGAUCCGAGAAUGGGAUAGAACCGGUGUAUCAAUCCUGGCCGGAGAGAUAUCUCUGGUAGGUGGAUUAGUCAUGUGGGUGACUACCUUCCCUAGAAUAAGGAGAAAGAAGUUUGAGCUCUUCUUUUACACACAUUACCUUUAUAUAAUCUUCAUGUUGUUCUUCAUCCUCCAUGUUGGUAUCACCUACGCCUUCAUUUCUCUCCCUAGUUUCUACCUUUUCCUGGUCGAUCGCUACUUGAGAUUUCUACAAUCUCAAAGAAAAGUUCGCUUAAUUUCUGCCCGCGUUUUGCCAUGUGAAACUGUUGAGCUCAAUUUCUCAAAGACCCCAGGUCUGCAAUAUUCGCCAAUGAGCAUAUUGUUCGUAAAUUUGCCUAGCGUUUCCAAGCUGCAGUGGCACCCUUUUACAGUCACUUCUAAUAGUAAUUUAGAGCAAGAUAAGCUCAGUGUGACGAUUAAAGGUGAUGGAAGCUGGUCAAAGAAGCUAUACCAGAUGCUUUCAUCGUCUUCAUCAGUUGAUCAUCUUGAAGCAUCCAUUGAAGGACCUUAUGGACCUGUUUCAACUAAUUUUAUAGGGCAUGAUACGCUUGUGAUGGUGAGUGGAGGCAGUGGGAUUACUCCCUUCAUCUCUGUUAUUCGAGAGCUAAUCUUCAGUAGUUCUGUUCUGAAAAUCAAAACCCCGAAAAUUCUCCUUAUUUCCUCAUUCAAGAGCUCUUCAGACCUCACAAUGUUAGAUCUUAUCCUUCCGCUUUCGGGUGCCCCUUUAGUCCUAUCCAGCUUGCAGCUACAAGUCGAGGCCUAUGUGACAAGAGAGAAAGAACCUGCUACAGAGAAUGUUAAGCCCCUUCAAGCUCUAUGGUUCAAGCCGAAGGCGACAGACGCACCAGCGUCAGCAAUUCUAGGCCCAAACAGCUGGCUAUGCCUUGGCGCCAUAAUAUCAUCGUCUUUCGUCAUCUUCCUUGUCUUAAUGGGACUUCUUACUCGAUACUACAUCUACCCUAUUGAUCACAACACCGGCCUAGACUACCCAACCUCGGCUCAAGCUGCUUUCAACAUCUUACUGAUGUGCGUCAGCAUAGCCUUAGCAGCAAGUGGAGCUGUCCUCUGGAACAAGAAACAAAAUACCAUGGAAGCAAGACAAGUUCAAAAUAUGGAAGCGUCUUCAGCCUAUGGGUCACCAGCAUCAUUCUAUAAUUCUGACAAAGAGCUGGAGAGCCUCCCUCGCCAGUCUCUUAUCCAAUCCACCAAGGUGCACUAUGGUGAAAGACCCGAUUUAAAGAGAAUUUUGUUUGAGUGCAAAGGAAAAAGCGUUGGAGUUCUUGCAAGCGGGCCUAAGAAGAUGAGGCAUGAGGUUGCAACCAUAUGUUCUUCGGGUUUGGCAGACAAUCUCCAUUUUGAAUCCAUAAGCUUCAGCUGGUGAUUUACUCUAAAAAUCUUCAGCAUGCACACAACAAUGGAGGUGUGUGGUGGAUUAAUAAUGUAGACAAGACUUAUGGCUUUCUUGUAUUUUCUCUCUCCUUCUCUUUCUUUUCUUUACUCCUGCAAUUCUGACCAUAGUUUGAAGAAUGGAAGAAAAUAAAAUUUGAAUUGCUUUGGAGAUUA